GUUUAUUAUGGGAACCAUAAACAUGGCUUCCAAACAUCAUGCUGAUAUCUGUUGUUCUUUUAUUGGAUGUUUUUAAUUCGACAUAUCAGCAACCAUAGGCCAGUCAGCGACCUCAAUGGCACGCCCUCUUGACCCUGAGCUUCUAAGUUUCCUUCAGACACUAGUUGCUGAGUCAUCAGGGCCGCAGCAUGAAAGAACAGACAGCGACAAAGAAAAUGGUGCUGGGCCUUCUGAAACCAAUGAAGAAAUAACAGCACCAAAUGCAGACACCCACCAUAGAAAUUUGAACGAAGGCAGUAGGUUAAAACCUGAGAUACAAAUUAGCAAGUUCAGAGGUCAAGAUAUGGACAGUGCAGAAGAUUUACGUGAAGAAAAUAAUAACGAAGUAGACGAUGAUGGGAAAGGAAAGUCGAAGAAAAUUUUAAAGAAGAAAAAGAAACAACUUAGUAAAAGAAAACCUCGCCCAGCUCCGAGCCUUCCUGUAGGGGGAGGGUCAAGUCAAAGCCCAGCCUUAAAAGAUGAUCUCACGACGUCACAUCACAAAACUGGCCAUGGAUCUGUAGGUGACCGUAUUUCACAUCAGAGAAAAAGCCGCAGCCCAGACCAAAGGAAACAUAGCCCUAGAUACGACCACAACACACAGCUAAAAAAUAGACAAGGUUCAGACUUAAAACAUGACCAUAGUCAAAAACAGAGAGAUAGCCAUGGCCCAGAUCAAAGAGAUGACCAUAGCUCACAUAGAACAAAUAGCCAUAGUCAAAAACAUAGAGAUGGCCAAGGAUUAGAACUAAAAAAUGGCCAUGGCCCAGACCAAAGAGAUGACCACAGCUUUGACCAAACAGAUGACCAGAGUUCAAUGCAGGACACAAUGAGUGACACUAACCCAACCAGCAGAAAGAAGUUAAGUCGUAGGAAGCAAAUCACGCGGCCACAUUGUGCAGGUCCUGAGCCAAAAGGAGAUGUUUUAGUACAGAAAUACCAGGAGCUGCACCAGCUGAUGAUUACACCCCUAGUUCAUACGUCAAACACACACAAGUUGAGUACGGAACAGCUGCAACGUAUGUACGCGACCAAUCAGCUCUACACUGCCUGCACCAGUGAUUCUAAGAGAAAAGUCUUCGUUGAAUUGACACAGGACAACACAGAUGGGGGUUACAGCCCAAUGAGGAAUGCACAAGUACUCAGCUACGCCACUGAUGCACGCAGGCCUCAGUCAGCCCACAGACCUCAGUCAGCCCACAGACCACAAACAUCCCAGAGACCACAGACAGCCAGGAGGAGGCCACUCUCAGCUGUUCCACACAGGAAGUUGUCCCAUAGCAACACUGAACAUCAUGUAAACAAACAUAGGGCACCUAGUAACGAAAAUUUGCAUGUUGAAAAAAAAGAUAAAAAUAAUAGAAGAAAUAGUAAUAUCAGUAAUGUUAGUGGAGAUGAUACAGAUCAUGGAACACAGGAGCAGAAGAGAAGUAGAAGCCACUCACCGAAACUCACCGAUACACACCUGAAAAACAGCACAAACCCAGAGCUUAAAAAAUGGCUGAAAAUGAAAGAGAAGGAACUGCGGAAGAAAAAGUAUGAAGAAAGGAAGAAAGCGAAGGAGGAGAGAUUGAAAAAACAGGAAGAAGAGAAGGCAAGGCAAGAACAGUUUAAAGAUUCGGGGAAGGUGGUGGAAGAAUGGAUGAUAAAAAAACGAAAAGAAGCAUUGCAACACGCAAAAGAGGAAAGAAAAAGACAGAAGGAAGAAGAAAAAUACUUAGCUGAAAGGAAUUCAGGUAAAGUGCGACCAGUAUCUGCCCCUAAUUUUAACAUGGUUGUACGUCCCGAGUCUUCAAGGGAGAUAACUCACAAUGAAGACAGGGCCAUAACACCAAGACCGCCUCCCACUAAAUUUGUUUACAAGCGUCCAGUCACCGGCAGAGUCCGACUGAUGAAACUUCAACAGGAAAAGAAAGAUGACGCCAAGAAAUCAGAGCUGCAAGCGAAACUCUUUGAAAAAAAAUUAGCGGAGGAGAAAUCGAAAAAAAUGAGAGUGUCGUAUGACCAGUGGCUGCUUAAGAAAAGAGAAGAGGAUUAUGCUAAAAGACAAGAAGCUGCUAGACUACGAGCUCUGGCUAAAUCGGAUCCGGAACUAGAGAGGAUUAUGCCUGAAUUAGCUAAGAAACGGAUUGAAAACAUUCAACGAGGCAAGAAGAGAAUCGACACAGGUAUAAGAAGAUUAGACGAGCGGCUUAACAAGUCAUUUGGUGGAGGGAGCUUCCUCUUGGAUGAGGAAGUUGAUGCCAGCAAUAAGUUAAAGAUCUCCGGCAGCAAGACUAACUUGUCAAGUCGUCCGACAAGCGCGCGGCCAGACAUCGGUCCGACAAUGUCCAAAUCUCCUCGCAGACCCAUCUCAGCUAAUCCUAAUCUUCACAAAGCUGUUGCCACUAAUCCUAACAACAUACCUAUCGCCAAUAAUGCUAAUCCUUAUAAAGUGCCUUUCCCCCCGGAGGAAGGUGCACCCAAGCAUGUUUUAGCCAAACAGUCGAAAUUGUUCGCCCCUUAUCUGAGUAGUUCUUCUUCCAGCAGUAAAGAAUCUGAUUCAAUUUCUAUGCAAGAGUCUUUAAAACCUGAAGAAAUGACACCACGACACAACAACAACGAAGCUACUACAUCAACCACGCCUAACUUCAAGACAGAAGAGGUAGUUGAUUCAAGUCAAGACGCUGAAGAUCUUGUGGAAGUGACGGAAAGUCUGGAGUACUUUGAUGAAACUGACUCGGAAGAUGACGGCUCUGAACGUUCCAGCUCAGACUCAGCUGAACGGGGAAGCAAGGCAGACCUGCAAGCUUCUCUAGAGGAUGAGGUUCUGUUUCAGGAAGAAAGGGCACUGUCACAAGAUUUGGGAUCAUCUCAAGAUAAAAGGGCACGGUCACCAGAAGACACGGUGUCAUUUCAAGAAGGAAGGGCAUUGUCACCAGAACACCUAGUAUCAUCUCAAGAUGGAAGGGCAUUGUCACCAGAACACCUAGUAUCAUCUCAAGAUGAAAGGGCAUUGUCACCAGAAGACCUAGUAUCUCAAGAUGAAAGGGCAUUCUCACCAGAAGACCUAGUAUCGUCUCAAGAAGGAAGGGCACCAACCCUAUCAGACCAAACACCACUUCAAGAAGAGAGGCCACCAUCUGAUUUAGACGAGGUACUAUCUCAAGAAGAAAGCGCAACAUCAAAAGAAAUAACGGAGCAGCCACAGGAAGACUUUGUACAAGAGGAUGACCAACCACAAAGUCCAACAGACCACAAAUCAACGGAAGAAAUUCAAAACAUUCUCAAACUAAACCUUGACUACAUUGAAGACAAGAGAAGACAGCUAGACCAAGAAUUAGACUCCUACCUAGACAACUCAAGACAGUUUGACAAAGACCUAGACUACACAAGACAGCACGAAGACCAACUCACUGAAGGACAGCAGGACCUGUCUGAACAAGAGGACAGAUCAAAUCUGUCCGAAUCAAAACACAUCAGCAAACAUGUCUCCUUCCAAGAAGAGCCUGUCAUUUACGAAGCUGCCGAUAAUGAAGAGGAAGACGUAGAAGAAAAUAAUGACGUUGAGGAUAAUAACUUACCCACACGAGAUAGCUUAGAGGAUGAUUUUUAAUGGUAUAUUAAAUGAUUUAAUUGAUUUUUGUGAAAGUAUAAGAGCGCUUCUGAUGAAGAGAACUUGAAGAUGUAUUUUGUUCAAAAAUCGAAGCAACAAAUAGGAUUUAAAUGUGGUUUUUUUUUUUUAAAUAAAUAUAUACAACAGAGUGAUUUUUAAAAAAAAACAUUUUUUAUAAUUUGCUUUUACUAUCCUGUUUCUGUGCAAUAGUUCUUAACAUUUUAUAAAACAUUUAACUUCGGAACUAUAAUAAACAAAUGUAGAAUCUUGGUGAAUUCGACAAUUUUUAUAAACUAGAAAUUGUUGUUAACAUUAAAACCGUAUGGUGUCAGUUGAUGUAUAAAUGUAUGUCAUUUGUUUCUUAAUUUUUCAUGGCAUUGUAUUUUUUUAAUAUAUAUGCUUUCUUAAGAUAUGCAAGGAAACACAAUGCAAAAAAUGUGUUUGAAGAAAAAAAUUUAACAUUUGAGACACCUUAUACUAGAAAAUUUUAAACCUUUA